GGCUUUGCCACCAAUACCAUUGUUUGUUCCUCACUCCUCAGGUCCCUUAUCCUCGGGGAACGGGCAAAAGAAAAGCUAAGAACUAAGAGUGGGAAAUGGUAGGCGCUAUUUCAAUAACUCACUACUCAGCAAGCACCGUUUUAGUAUCUUGGACAUCAAUCCAAAAACACGGGAAUGGGUUAUUAUGUAAUACUAAUAAGGUAAGAAAACCAAGGGCAGUAUCAAUGAGUGUGAGAGCAGGUGAAAGACUCUAUCUUGGGUUGGACUUUGGCACAUCCGGUGCCAGGUUUGCCAUCAUUGACAAAGAUGGGAUAAUUCAAGCUGAGGCUAAGAGAGAGUACCCUCUCUACUUGAGUGGAGAGUCACAUGAUUGGGUGCGCUCAUGGAAGGAGACACUGUUUUCUCUGCUUCAUGAUGUCCCACUUCACCUUCGCAAACACGUUGUCUCCAUUUCUGUUGAUGGGACUUCUGCAACUACUAUCAUUGUCGAUAGUGACUCGGGAGAACCGUUGUGGAGACCUUUACUUUACAAUGAGAGUUGCCCUGAUGCUUUGGCAACGGUGAAAUCUAUUGCUCCUCCAAAUCAUACGGUUUGCACCGGAUCAUCCACUCUGUGUAAACUCGUCUCGUGGUGGAAUCAUGUUGGUUCAAACCAAAAACAUGCUCUGUUGUUGCACCAAGCGGAUUGGCUUUUGUGGCUUCUUCAUGGAAAGCUUGGAGUUACAGAUUAUAACAAUGCUUUGAAGGUUGGCUAUGAUCCUGAGGUGGACUCAUAUCCUUCAUGGCUAGUCUCUCAACCAUAUUAUCAUCUUUUACCUUCAGUUGUUGCUCCUGGAACUCCAAUUGCUUGUUUGAAGGAGGAAAUUGGAAAUAAAUAUGGUUUUCAAAAGGAUUGUGUUGUAUGCAGUGGAACCACUGACAGUAUAGCUGCAUUUCUUGCAGCUCGUGCUACACAACCCGGGAAAGCUGUCACUUCAUUGGGUUCAACACUAGCUAUUAAACUACUCAGCAACACAAGAAUUGAAGAUUCUCGGUUUGGGGUGUACAGCCAUCGCCUUGAUGAUAAAUGGCUUGUUGGUGGUGCUUCAAACACUGGUGGAGCCAUUCUUAGACAGCUUUUCACCGAUGAUCAAUUAGACAAAUUGAGUGAACAGAUCAAUCCCUCACAACCCUCUCUUCUGGAUUACUAUCCUCUACCAAAAGCAGGUGAAAGAUUCCCAGUAGCAGAUCCAAAUUUGGCUCCAAGGCUACUUCCACGUCCAGAAAAUGAUGUUGAGUUCUUGCAUGGAAUUUUAGAAUCCAUUGCACGUAUAGAGGCAAAGGCAUAUGGGUUGUUAAAGGAGCUAGGAGCAACCCAGGUAGACGAAGUUUUCACAGCCGGUGGAGGAGCUAAAAAUGAGAAGUGGAUAAAGAUACGAGAGAGGGUGAUUGGUUUGCCUGUGAGUCGUGCAAAUCAAACAGAAGCUGCAUACGGAGCUGCAUUAUUGGCAAUGAAGGGCGAUCAACAAAAUAUUUUGUGAAAAUAUUAUUACACCACCUGUUUGAUCAUGAUGCGUUUGAAGAGUAAUUCGUCAUUUGAAAUGUUAUGAGAGAAAAAAACAUUGAAAUUUCUUGGGAGCGUGGAGGAGGACCGAAGAAUGUUUCAACAUGGCGUUACUUUCUGGAUUGCAUUGUUCUAAUUCAUGAGAACAUGUCAUGUAAUGUAUCUAUUACUGUUUAGUGUUUAGUAGACUCCUUCCAAGGUACAUUUCCAUUUUCCAUGUAGAUCCCUUUUGUCAUUUGUGCGUUGAAGCCUGAAAGGUGCAUGGUCAAUACAAUCAUGCCUUUAGUUGGCAUAGUGUUGUUCUGUUUUGGAAAGCGAAAUAAACAUGAAUACCUGACUAUUUUUCGUUUCA